GCCUCAGAACUUCACUGUAAGCUCUUUAAAUCACUUUAACGAGUGAACAGAAUUUGCAACUGUAGGUGAAAAGCUGUUGGUAGAAGAUUUGGGUUGAAAGAGGAAACGGCUUAAACAGCAAAACUAGCAGAGAGAUCUGAUGGAAUGUACGAAGCUUCCUCAUUUGCUUCCUUGUUAUUAAAGAAUAAAAAUUGUUGCUAUGGAGAAAGAAAAACUGGAAGAGGUACAACGACACCAUCGUGGGAGAUCAGCCAAUGGUAUCCAGAAAGAUAGUCCUCCACAGGCAAUAUCAAGCCUGGACUUGAUCUCUGAUGAUGAUUCUGAGGCAUCUGACAGUAUAACUGAGAAAGAACCAAAGACACAUUACAUUCCUAUUCGAAGAAAUUCCAUAUAUUAUCGUUCUAUCAGACGUCAAAACAAAAAGAAAGCAAGGAGUAGUAAAGAAGUUCAAACAGAACGUUUUGAAGGCUCACUCAAAAAUGGUAAUACCAAAAAUGAGCUUCUGAACAAGGAGGAACUGUUGCAUAUAUUUCACAAGAGUCUGUCUCUACACAUAAAACCGAAUAUGACAGCCACAGAAGAACAAUGGUUUCAAAGGCUGCUCCCUUCCUACCCCGGUUACCGUGGCAACCGCCCGGACUUCCCCGGUCCCGCGUCUGCUGCGGAAUCGCUCGGCAGCAGCAGCAGCAGCAGCAGCAGCAACCGUCGCCGCCGCCCGCUGCCGGAAUCGCUCCUGCUGCCGCUGUCCUCCUCGCCGCCUCGCAUGGAGCUGCUGGCUGCCGCGCUCAGCGCCGCCUGCGCCUUGGACCACGAAGGAUCCGCGGAGAGCGUGGCCUCAGGCCGCCCGGCUGGCAGCGAAUCUCCUUCCAUGGCGGGGCCAACUUCUUUUCCGGAGGAGACCCCUGAGCAGACUGACUGCCCGGCUGCUUUCCCCGAAGCUCUGCAGAUGAUUCACCCCAUGACCGCAGACUCUUGGAAGAACUUCAUCGAGGAAAUAGGUCUGUUAUAUCAAGAAUAUCGGGAUAAAUCCACACGUCAUGAGAUUGAAACCAGGCGGCUGCAGGAUUCCCAGACAGAUACUGAAGAAGGCUCAACUACUGAAGAGUCACCAACAGAAACUGAAACUGCAGAUGUGUUAGAAAACAAAACUGUCCCCCAGAUUAACUUGCUCAGGAAUUCUACCUCAAGGUUCAAUUUAUGGCAAGAUCUUCCAGAAAUCAGAAGCAGUGGUGUUCUGAAUAUUCUCCAGCCAGAUGAAAUCAAGCUUCAAGAGGCUAUGUUUGAACUGGUCACUUCAGAAGCCUCAUACUACAAAAGUUUGAAUUUAUUGAUAUGUCAUUUCAUGGAAAAUGAUCGACUGAAAAAGAUUUUGCAUCCCUCAGAGGCUCACAUCCUCUUCUCCAAUGUUCUGGAUGUCAUGGCAGUCAGUGAACGAUUUCUCUUAGAUCUUGAGAAACGAGUAGAAGAGAACAUUGUAAUCUCUGAUGUCUGCGACAUCGUCCAUCAGCAUUCUGUUAGCUACUUCUCAGUAUAUGUCACUUAUGUGUCGAACCAGACCUACCAGGAAAGAGCAUACAAGCAACUUCUCCAAGACAAGCCAGCUUUCCGGGAGGUGAUCUUACAAUUGGAACUGGAUCCAAAAUGCAAAGGCCUGCCUUUCUCAUCUUUCUUGAUUUUGCCUUUCCAAAGGAUCACUAGGCUGAAGCUGCUGGUACAGAAUAUAUUGAAGAAAGUGGAAGAAAAAUCUGAACGUGAAAUCACUGCUCUUGAGGCUCACAAGGAACUGGAAAUAAUAGUGAAGGCAUGUAAUGAAGGUGUUAGAAAGAUGAGCCGCACAGAACAGAUGAUCAGCAUCCAGAAGAAAUUGGAAUUUAAGAUCAAGUCUGUGCCCAUCAUCUCUCAUUCCCGCUGGCUGCUAAAACAGGGAGAACUCCAACAGAUGAAUGGCCCUAAAACAUCCCGUACACUACGUACAAAGAAACUCUUUAGAGAAAUCUACUUGUUCCUUUUCAACGACUUACUAGUACUGUGCAGACAAAUUAAUGGUGACAAGUACCAAGUAUUUGAUUCUGCUUCUCGAGGCCUUCUUCGAGUGGAAGAGUUGGAGGACCAAGGACAGAGCUUGGCCAAUGUAUUUAUUCUGAGGCUGCUAGAAAAUGCAGAUGACCGUGAAGUCAGCUAUAUGUUGAAGGCGUUAUCCCAAAGUGAAAUGAAGCGCUGGAUGAUUUUACUGGCUCCAAAUCGACGAACAAAGUUUGUUUCCUUCACAUCCAGGCUUAUGGAUUGCCCUCAAGUACAAUGUGUCCAUCCUUACGUGGCCCAGCAACCAGAUGAGCUUUCAUUGGAAUUGGCUGAUGUUCUCAACAUUCUGGAAAAGACAGAUGACGGCUGGAUAUUUGGGGAACGUUUGCAUGAUCAAGAAAGAGGUUGGUUCCCCAGUUCUAUGGGUGAAGAGAUUAUGAAUCCCAAGAUUCGAUCUCAAAAUUUAAAGGAAUGUUUCCGAGUGCACAAAACUGAUGACAGUCAGAGGAGGAAGAUGGGCAGCAGGAAUAGACAAUGAUCAUUGCUUAGUCGUCUGUUUUUCAGAAGCUAUUUAUGGCAGAGGCUGAGACAAUGAAAUAUAGUACUUGAGAGAAUGCACACGAAUCAUCUUGGCAAGCAAAUCCGUUCACCUAAACUAUCGGGCUCCCUUGCAUUCUCAUUACAAGUCGGAUAGUCUUUCUGAAGACAGACUGAAAAGAAGAGAAGCUGUCAUUCACCUGUACAGAUGUAGAAGCUGUAAAUGUCUUUCUUAAUGUACUGCAUACUCUGAAGAUUGUAAAUUUAUUAACUCUGCAUGAUGAAGAAACUAAUCACUUGAGCAACUGGGAAAAUUAUGUAAUGGUUCGUAAAUCCAGCAACUUGGUUCUUUAGCAUCUUAUCCAAUGGUACAAAAAAGUGCAGCAUUUGAUUUUAUGGAAAGAUAAUGAAGUUAUGGACAAUCUACAUUGAAAGUUUAUACUAUAAAUGGUCAACUUCCAUAUUUCUGUACUCAGCAAGUUUCUCCUAGGAACUGAGUUUGAACUGCUCAUGUGAUAAACUAGUUUCUUCUUGUGUUUUGGAAGAAAGGUGGAGGUAACAAAAAAAUUAGGAAGUGCAAUGUUAUGUAGUUAAAAUGCACCGCAAUAUUUAUUUACGUGGGUGUCUUGGUUAUGAACUUCAAAGUUCUAGAAGGUAAGAUUGAAGCAUGCAAAGUACAUUUUCUAAAAUAAGGAUCAGUUGAUUGGAAUUGGGAACUCAGAUUAUCAUCCUUCUAUUUUAUUGACCUGUGUAGACUACACUUCUCAAAAUGAUGUAUGCCAAACCACAUUAUGCAGGGACAAUACUAAAUCAAUUAUUCUGUUUUAUAAGAACCAUUACUUCCUGUCUAAGCAAUCACUAACUGCACUUACUUAUCUAAACAUAGUUAUCUCAUACAUUUACCACUGGCAACCAGACAGAGUAUAGUUGUGUUUGGAGUUAGUGCCAGAAUGGGGAGUAUAUUAAGGUAGGGGUCCCCAGCCUCUGGGCCACAACUCAGUACAGGCUGUGGCUGAUUUGGAAUUGGGCCAUAUGAGUGGCUUGCCAGAACACAAGUGGUGUGCUGGCCCACUGCUUGCGCAAGUCGAGCUGCACCCAUGCAUUUUGGCCCACCACUUGCACAAGGACUGCAUGUGUGUGCGCACUGGCCUGCCAUUCACACAGCUCAGUUCCCCUCCCCAACCAAGCCGCCAAGCCACAAAGAUUGGGGACCAUUGUAUUAAGGGGUUUGUCCUAAGCAAAUGCUGCACUAAACUGUAUAGGAGAAUGCAAUAUUUGACACAAUAUUCCUUGAAGAGAUUUCUCUGCUUGAGUCUCUUGCAUACACUGAAGCAUUUGCAUAUGUUGAAAAAAGUAAAAGAAAAGCAGUUUUCACAGCCAAAUAAGCUACUCAUAACAUUCCAGAUGGGUGCUACAUCUAGGAAGCAUCGGUAACUCAUUCAGAGUUAGAACAGUAAAGUUCUGUCUUUUGCUCCUUUGCUCUGUGAUUGUGCCCAUGCAAUGCCCAUGCAAUGAAAUUCAGUGGACAAAAGGUGGAUAUUUGUAUUAAAUGUCUCCAGAGUUGUGUCAAAGUAAUAGAAAUGUGUUUUUACUCAUUUGUAGUGCACCCUUAGCAAAGUGCAUGAAGUCUGUACUUUAAACUUCCGUACAGGAAAGCCUUGAGCCAAAAGAACAAGAAAUGUCUGAUCAUUUAAUACAGAGCCAUAAACAGCAUCAAGAUCCUUUUAAUUUUGGAAAAGCCACAUGGUCAGCUAUGGCCCUGAGCCUAAUAGAUUAAAAGGUUGUAAAGCAUUUUGCAUAUUAAAAAUGCUACAGAAGCCAUUAUCAAGAAGCAUUUAUUUAUAUACUCCUAAAAUAAUUUAUUAAAUGCCCUUUCUACAAGGCACAAAUAUAACAAAGUGUUAAUUUGCCCCAAAAUGACAGAGUUUUGAAGAGAUGAAACUGCUGUAUAAUAUGAAAGGCCAUUGGUCUAAAUGAUUCUGUUCUAUCAUUAUCAGUAACACCAAUUUCCAGAAGUAAGACUUUUCAGCUUGAAAGGCAGAGUGUGAAUAUGUGAAAACUUUUGUAAUCAUUAGGAAAAAACCUCACCUACUCAUAUGUUCCUAGCCAAUGUAGUUGUGACCAGUAUUAUUAAAAUAUGAUCCUAUGUUUAAUUGCUACCAAAAUUAGAGUUUUCCAAAUUGCAUUACGAUAUUGUUUUUUUGGGCUAUACUGAUACAUGUCUAAAAAUACCAAAGUGGCUGAGUUUUGGAGGGAAAGCAUCCAUUCCCAUCCCACAAUGUUAAUCUAAUACCAAUCAUGUUUUGCUUGUGCCAUUGCUGUGCCUUUGAGUAAUUUACUUGCAAAAUAAUAAAGGAGAUAAGAUUGUGUAAAAACAUGA